AUGGACGUUAAUUUAACAACAACGGAUUGGUCCAUGGCUAUUUAUAAUAAUACAACAACGACCGUACCAACAACUACAAGUAAAUAUGGUGAAUACGGACCACUAGAAGAGUUUAAGAUAUUUUGGGCUGCUGUCUACAUUAACCUUUAUUACUUAUGGGUUAUCUUCGCAAUAGGAUUUCCGGGCAAUAUGGCGAGCAUCAUAACAAUACUGCGAAUGCCACCUUUAACUUCAUCAACAGCUUACGUUGCUGUUCUAGCUGCUGUUGAUACCUUAGCUAUCAUUGAUAAACUGCUGUUUCAUCAACUGACGCUUUACGACGUUCAUAUCGGAGUUGGUGGUUGUAGAGUUUUGUACUAUUUUGGAAGUUUCUUUUCAAUGUAUGUGAACUGGAUUCUUGUGGCCAUGACGGUUGAGAGAUUCGUUGCUAUUUGGUUUCCAUUGAAAGUAGGAAGCUAUUGUAAUGGACGGAAAGCCGGAACCAUCAUGGGUGUGAUAGCAAUUAUUUUAUUACUGGCUGAUCUCCAGUUCUUGUGGACGGCCACUCAACAUGUUAGUGAAACUGGUAACGUCGAUUGUGGAUUUGCCGCUGAAUACCAAACAUUUAUAUCGCUAUAUUGGUACUGGAUUGAUGGUACACUGUAUGCCAUAAUACCAUGUAUUUUACUCUUUAUCUUCAACUUUCUCAUCAUCUUUGGUAUUCGACGAUCUGGAAGAAUUCAAAAGGAUUUGACCAACAGCAAAUCAGACCAGAUGGCAGAGAAAUUCCGUCAGCAGCGUCAGAUUACCAUCAUGUUGGUCGUAGUUUCUAUUGUCUUUGUUAUGCUUACUAUUCCUAAUUGUUUGUUUUAUAUUGUGAAACCGUAUUGGACCUAUCAGAAGAAUUCUUACGACCAUGCCAAAUUUGUGAUGACCAAUCAGAUAAUUUUUGUUUUGUCGGACAGUAACCACGCCGUCAAUUUCUAUCUUUAUUUCCUUAGUGGUAAAAGAUUUCGUCGUCGCUUCUUUGAUACGAUUUUAUGUCGAAGGGCAGUUCGUCGUCCAUUUACCAGUGUCAUGCGUACGAUCAAUUCAAACGUAUCAAAUACAUCUAUUUACACAACGCCAUCUUCAAAACAAAAUGGCGAAACUAAAUUCACAUGA